GCGAGCUCGGCCGCCGUGAGCAGUUGGCGAGCUCGGGACACUUCACUCGGACCUGCUGAGCUCCCCUUGCGCACCACAGGUGCGCCGCGGCGAGGAGUCGCGACGAGCAGCCUCCAAGAGUGCCGUCCACUGGCCGCGCUGGAACGCAGCGGCCUCGGUGAGGAGUUCGUGCAACUCGUGCUCUGGGCUUCUCCGAGCUCGGCAGCGGGGAGGACACCCGGCGCGGAAGCGCCUUGCCAUUCAUCCGUGGAGUCGCGCAAGCGGCCCGAUGAUGCGGUCAGCAAGAUUGUGGUCGAGAUGGUGCAGGGGGAAUGCGGCAUCGCUUCCAAUGAAGGCAAAAGACGCGCAUACAGCUAUGCCAGUGACUGGCGCGCCGCGGCCGCCUCGGUCCGGGCACCGCGCUGGCGGGCUGUGCUCCCGGUCUUCGUGCAGCAAGCUGUGACCAGCACGGCACUGGGGUCAGCUUGGCCCCCACCGCCCCACGCGAGUCAAAGCCAAGGGAAGUGCCACCAUCCAAGCGGCGGCCUCCAGGCUCUAGGGCAGCGCCGCGCCACAACCAUGGCGAAGCGUUGCAGCACCAGAGCUGUAAUUCAAAUAUUUCUGACAGGUAUGUGCUUGGCGACAGCAAUCACCGCAUUCACGUUCGCGUUCGUGUUCGAGCAGUUCAUGGAUCAGAUGACAGAGAACUAUCGUGGUGACCUUCGCUCUGAGAACUUGCCUUGCAUAAGAAGCACUUUGGAUUUGUGCCCCAAUGCGAUCACGGACAAAUGCUGGGAUCGCUGCUGCCCUCCUGGCUAUUUCUGCUCGCGUUCGCCCAUCGUCGGGCUGUAUUGCCAGCAUGGCCUCACUUCUUGUGAGGACUUCAAUUGGUGCCGCGACUUUGCAGACAUCCCGCGGACCUGCGCAACCUCCGUCUGCAAAACCAACCAGAUGGUGACGCGGGUGACAUCGUGGUCCUACAUCUUAGCUGCUAUUGGCAUCUUCCUAGACCUGGUUGACAUCAUCACCAUCUUUACACUGCCAGAUGCGGUGGUGUUCAAGGCAGCGACCAACGUCUUCUCCAGCCUCGUAAAGUGGUUGGCGUUCGGUCUCGUAGUUGGUGCGGGCACGCAGGGUUUCAUGGCAGAGCUCGAAAUGGGUAGAUGUUUCAACGGCGGUGGCAUGCAGCUGGUGGCAGAUGCUGGGGGCCUCUUUGUCUCCUACGCCAUCGUGCAAGUUGUGAGCGCCACUCUGAGCCUCGUCCUCGCGCCCUUCUCCGCCUACUUUGGCGGGAAACUGCAAGGAGGGGAAGUGCCUUAUGUGAAGUGA